AUGGGAGUUUAUCGAUGUUGCGGCGAUUUUACAAGAUUGCGCAACUGUGUGAUGAACACGGGGGGAUACCCAAGCGAAUCAUCACACGAUGGCAGUAAGCAGGAUGCACUCGACCAGCUGCACAUCCGCACUGGCUGCUUCGUAGAGGACUCCCAACACAGCAACACAGUAGUAACGACCACGUCAGAAAUGAAGGGGUCCAUUUUUUUGCACACCCUGUUGUUGUUCAUUGGGAUGGAGGAAAUGAGGGCUGUGCGUGUGUACCCCCAACAGUGCGGAGGGAACAGUUACGUUAGGAGGGAUGCACAGGGGGAGAGGAAAAGGGCCUACAUAAUAAGUAUGAAAGGAGGGAGCGUGCAAAAUGGAGGAGCUAAACGGGGGAGGUGGUCUGGGAAGGUAAAAUUUAGGAAGCGGGAGGACCUCCCACAUGGGAGCAAACAUACCAUUAAUGCAGUGAAUGGUGUAAAUGCCACUAACAGUGCCAACAGCGGUGGUGACGCCCCCCCCAUCAACGUGGCCAUCUUCGGCAGCAGCGGCAGCAUCGGAACGAACGCACUGGACAUCAUUCGCGAAUGCAACCGAAUCGAGAAGCGCUUCAACGUGGAAGCGCUGUAUGUUAAUAAAAGUGUGAAUAAACUGUAUGAACAGGCAAGGGAGUUUUUACCAAAGUAUGUGUGCAUCCACGAUGAGUCCAAAUACGAGGAGUUAAAAGAUUUAUUAAAAAAUAUAAAAGGUUACAACCCGGAAAUACUAAUAGGAGAUGAUGGAAUGAAACAAAUGUGCAGCAGUAGUACACUGGAUAAGGUCGUAAUAGGAAUCGACUCCUUCUACGGAUUAUACUCCACCAUCUAUGCAAUAAAGAACAAUAAAAUUAUUGCACUGGCAAAUAAGGAAUCCAUCGUAUCUGCAGGAUUUUAUCUAAAAAAAUUAUUGGCAACUCAUACAAAGGCAUGCAUCGUUCCAGUGGAUUCAGAACAUAGUGCCAUCUUCCAAUGCUUAGACAAUAACAAGGUGUUAAAAACGAGAUGUCUACAGGAUAAUUUUUCCAAGGUGAAUCAAAUAAAGAAAAUUGUCUUGUCCUCCUCAGGUGGGCCUUUUCAAAAUAUGUCCCUCGAAGAAUUGAAAAAAGUAACUUCAGCAGAUGCGCUGAAACAUCCCAAGUGGAAAAUGGGACCCAAAAUAACCAUCGACUCUGCAACCAUGAUGAAUAAAGGGUUAGAGGUUAUUGAAGCUCAUUACCUCUUCGAUAUAGACUACAAUAAUAUAGAGAUCGUUGUGCAUAAAGAAUGUAUCCUCCAUUCGUGUGUCGAAUUUAUAGACAAAUCUGUUAUAGGACAAAUGUACUACCCGGAUAUGAAAAUCCCCAUUCUGUUCGGUUUGAGUUGGCCUAAUAGAAUUACUACAGAAUUGCCUUCCCUUAACUUGGUUAAUACGUCCCCUCUUACGUUUUCCUCCCCUUCAUUGGAUCAUUUCCCUUGUGUGAAGCUGGCUUACCAUGCGGGUAGGAAGGGGAACUUCUACCCAACUGUCCUCAACGCUGCCAACGAAGUGGCGAACAAACUAUUUCUGAAUAACAAGAUUGGUUACUUCGACAUUGCGGCCAUCAUAUCGGACGUCCUGGAAAACUUCACUCCACAGACCGUCUCCAAUAACACCGAAGAUUUGAUGAAGCAAAUUGGGGACAUUAGCAACUGGUCCACGCAGAAGGCUACGGAGGUGUACCAGACGCGCUAUGGAGGGGCGAAGUGA